AUGGACGUUCAACUCUCGCUGUCGCCACUGCCCUUACAUUCACCUGAGCAACCACUUGAGCCAGCGUCAGCAGAUGCCACCCCUCAUACGUCUAUGCCACUGCCUCCAGAGGCUAUAUAUAGCUCUAAAGAAGAGCUAUAUACUUCAAUUCAAGCCUGGGCAGCACAUCAUUGCUAUGCUUUUCGUAUUGGACGGUCAACAAAGAUCCAUGGCGGUCCUAGGACGAAGAUCACGUAUAAUUGCGACCGUUACGGCCUACCACCAUCCGAAAAACAUCCGCAACAGCAUUUACAAGCACGUAAGCGACAGACAACUACUCGAAAAACUGGCUGCCAGUUCUCAAUAGUAGCGCUUGAAUGUAUAAAUUCUCAAUGGGAGUUACGCUAUAGGCCUGGCGUAGAGUAUAGUCUACAUAACCACCUUCCAAGUCAAUCAGUUAGCUCUCAUCCAGCACACCGGAAGCUAGCACAAGCAGAGAUAAAUCAGGCUAGAUCUUUACACAAUGCAGGUAAGAUAGAAAGUAACUUGAAAUAAUUUAAGUCUAAUAUAUAUUUAGGGAUUAAGCCAAGCCAAGCAAUUACAUACCUUCGCCAGAUAACUACUACCCCACUUCAACCGUACGACAUAUAUAACCUGAAUGCCUCUUUUAAAAGAGAGCAAAGACAUGGACUCUCUCCAAACGACGCCCUUAUUCAGCACCUUACAGAUAACAAAAUACACUUCAAAAUCAAUGUCACGUCAGAGAACCGGACACAACACCUCUUCAUUGCAUAUCCACAGUCAAUUCAGCUUGCACAGACUAAUCAAGAUGUUGUAUUAGUUGAUAAUACAUAUAAGACAAAUAAGUUUCAGAUGCCACUCUUACAUAUGAUUGGUAAGUACCGCUUUUGACUUAUUUGUACGCUUAUAAUACUAAGUAUUCAUAGGUGUUACAAGCUCUGGAUUAACGUUCUCAAUUGGAUUUUGCUUCCUUCCCGGUGAAACACAGGAAGACUUUAUAUGGGGAUUCCAAUGUUUUCAAGAGCUUGGAAUUAACCCUGGAGCUAUAGUUAUAGACGGUGACCAGGCUCAAAAGAAUGCGUCAGAAGAGGUGUUUCCGCACGCCCCUACACUACUCUGUAUUUGGCAUGUAAACCAAUGUGUACUUGCUAAAUGUAAGAAUGUAGUCGGGGAAGAGGAUUGGAAGGCUUUUGAGGCUGCCUGGCGUAUAGUUAUUCAAGCACAGACAAUUGAGCAAUUUGAUAAGCGCUGGCUUGAGUUUCAGACUCAAUACUCAAACCCUAAGACUCAACAGUGUGUGGCAUACCUACAAAACGAGUGGCUAAAACCUGGUCAAAAGGAGCGUUUAGUUGAGGCUUGGACAAAUCAAUACUUACACUUCGGUAUACGAGUAACCUCCCGUGCUGAAGGAGCUCAUGCAUAUAUUAAGCGCUACCUAGGGGGCAAAAAAACCAAGGGGGACCUCUAUUCAUCAUGGCUACUUAUUGAAGCAGCUGUAAUCAACCAAAUUACAGCUGUAUCAACUCGUAUAAGUAUGUUACAGGACCGCGCACCACUUGAUAUAGACAAGAAGCUAUAUCAAGGCUGUUUUGGGGUAGUCACUUGGUAUGCACUACGACUUGUACAACGACAUCAAGAGACUGUUUCUCGGCCACUACUGCCCUGUACUGGUGCUUUUACCCGGGCAAUGGGCUUGCCUUGUGCACAUAUAUGUGAGGGUUAGAACCUAUAGUGGGGCUCGGGCCUAGAGCCCUCGCUAAGCUAAGCGACCCCGCCUCUGGAACGCCAUGGAAUAAGAUAGAAUGCUAUGACGCAGAAGAUUGGUAAUACUAUGGAACAGUGUUGAAUGCAAUGGAAAUGCUACAUUUAGUAUAAGAGUAGAGGAGGAACAUGUAUUUACAGACCACGUAGUUCUUAAUUGAAUAUUGAACCCACACCUUUGAGUUGUUCGAGGUCUGGCCUCUCACAAUAUAUGCGAGAUAAAGAAGGACACUACUGGGCUUACUCCAUCAGACUUUCAUGAGCACUGGUACUGGGACCGUAAAAGCACUAUACAGCCACUACUUAACCCUCUAUGGGCUGGUAGACAGCGUAUAGCAAACGCAGAGGUUGCUCACACAGGCCGCAUUCUCUCAAAAGGGGAGAAAAAAGCAAAGCAAUUACCUAAAUGCUCUGCAUGCCACAGGCAAGGCCACACAAUGAGUAGCUGUAGCUGCCCGUUGAAAUUACAAGCAUCAAUUGCUGCUCAAAGCCAGAUUCUCCUUGAAUUAGAUACAGUGCCCACAUCACCCACAUUAUCCAUAUCACCUACAGCACCUUCAGCACCUCUAGCAUCAGCACCUUUAGCAUCUCUAGCACCAACUGUACCUAAGCAGCUUUCACCAGAUCGGCCAGAAGUCUUAAUUCUGGCCUACCUAGCUGAAAAAACAGCCUGGCUAGCCCAGCAUCCUACUAUACGGCCAGCAGAAUAUCGUAAGGCCCGAAAAUGGAAAACACCAAGGCCGAAAAUUUUAAAAGAGCAGGUAUUUUAUAUGCCUAGGGAGCGGCGUGAUCUUACAGGUACUAUUAUUACAAAUAAAGCUGACUGGACAAAUGAGGAGAUUAUAGCAUGGCUAGAUAACGAGGAAAAGAAGGAGCAAGAUGAGUAUAAUAUGCUUGAAUCAGAGUUUAUUAGGAAUAGGAAUAGGAAUACUGAGAAUAGGAGUAGGGAUAUAUGGGCUAGACUUGAGGAGGAGUAUGCGCGAGACUCGGAGCGAUAUAUAUUGUAG